AUGUCGCCUCCACAGGUACAACGAGACCAUUUUAAACUGUCGAUGUUUAUCAUCCUUGCAGUUUGCAUAUUGUGUAUCGGUAGCGUUAUCGUCUGUUUCGGACUUAGCGUUUACUAUGACACCCAAAAGGCUGCCGCAUCUUGUCAAUCGAUGAUUAUUGCACCUGCACCGCGGGAUCAAGAUUAUGCCCAAGUAGCAGCAGCAGCAUAUAUCCCAGAUCCAAACCCGACUCAAUUUAUUACAACCAGCAACAUUGUUACGAUCACAACGACAGUAACCCAUUCGGCAGCAUUUUACAUGAAUGCAACAAGCAACAGUAACACCACAUUUACAUCUACAUCCACAUCCACAUCCUCUACAACAGGAUUCACCUGGACCCAAACAUUCAAAAAUAUCCUCAAAAUCCCCUCCGGUUUCUGCCGCUGGAGCCAUCGUCUCCUCUCAAGGACCCUCAAUUACAUAAUCUCAAUCCCCACAAAGCUAAAAGUAUUUAUGAACAUAGAAUUCAAAAUCCUUCCACUACGAAGUGAUCAAGAAGAAGUCUAUGUCAUAACACAUCUCAGGGAAUACGAUUAUAGGCUUGACAUCCAUCCUGUCCGCGCCUGUAUUUCGGUCCUUGAGUGGCUUGAGUGGGAAACUCCGGCGAGGUUACUUCGUUGGUAUUUUAGGAUCCGGGGGGGACGUGAUAGAGAUGCUCUGGCUUUGGUCAGGAGGGUGUAG